AACAUUUAGUAUCUCCAAUCUACCGGCAUGUCCGCACUUUCGUGCUGGACCCUCGUUACAAAGAGGCCCACCAGGGGGUGCCACUACAAUCCAUCCAUCCAUCCAUUUCUCCCGUUUACAGCUGACUGAAAGUGCAUCAUAUUCUUGCAGAUUUCUAAAUUUCUGUUGGUGAGCUUUAUCUAUGCUUUUGUCCAAAACCACGAGAUACAAAGAAAUAAUCACUCCUCUCAUUCGCGCCUGUUGUCGCAUCUCGUUGAAUGUCCGCUGUACGAUGGCUACGUUUGAAACGCUGAAGUUCGAUAACUUGGCCCUGCGGGUGCUACCCAUUGACACUGAAGAAAGAAAUUACGUACGCACAGUGCGCGGAGCCUGCUUUUCCCGCGUCAACCCAAUGCCAGUGAAGUCCCCAGAAAUUGUCGCUAUCUCAGAAAGCGCGAUGCUGCUCCUCGACCUCCCAAGAAGCGAGCUGGAACGUAAGGAGGCUGUGGAAUACUUGUCCGGUAACAAGCUGCUUCCUGGAUCUGAAACAGCAUCUCACUGCUAUUGUGGCCACCAGUUUGGCUACUUUGCGGGUCAGCUUGGCGAUGGUGCGGCAAUAUACCUUGGUGAAGUUAUCAACCAUAAAGGGGAGAGAUGGGAAAUACAGCUCAAAGGUGCAGGUUUGACGCCGUACUCUCGGGAUGCUGAUGGUCGUAAAGUACUGCGAUCUACAAUUCGGGAGUUCUUGUGCAGUGAGGCUAUACACCAUUUGGGAAUCCCGACCACACGUGCAGGCUCCUGUGUGACCUCUAGCUCAACUGUAUCACGUGACAUGUUUUACGACGGACAUCCUAAGAAUGAAAAAUGCUCGAUUGUUCUACGGAUUGCUCCAACAUUCCUUAGGUUUGGAUCAUUUGAGAUCUUCAAGCCGCUGGACCCAUUCACAGGACGUGUGGGACCUAGCGUUGGUAGAAAUGACAUUUUAAUACAACUGCUUGACUAUUCUGUCGAGACGUUCUUUCCAGAUAUUCACCAAAUGUAUACAAACAACCAGCAAGAGAAGUACAAAGCAUUCUUUAAAGAAGUCCUGAAGAAAACUGCAGCAUUGGUGGCUGGGUGGCAGUGUGUGGGCUUCUGCCAUGGUGUGUUGAACACAGACAACAUGAGCAUAACUGGGCUGACGCUAGACUAUGGCCCAUUUGGAUUUCUGGACUGGUUCGACCCUGAUCACAUUUGCAACAGCUCAGAUGACGGCGGGCGCUACACAUACAUCAAGCAGCCAGAAAUUUGUCUGUGGAACUUGAGGAAAUUUGCAGAGGCUAUACAAGGUGCACUUCCUCUCUCUGAAACAUCACCCAUCUUGGACAUGUACAACAAUGAGUACGAGAAGUGCUUUCUUGGAAGAAUGAGACAGAAAUUCGGAUUACUCAAUAAAGAAUUACAAAGUGAUAAGGACCUAGUGACAUCAUUUUAUGACGCCAUGGAAAGCACUGGGGCUGACUUCACUAGGGCUUUUAGAUGUUUGAGCAGUUUGGCUGUACCAGGACAUGUGGACCAUGAAGAGAGCAAAAAGAUUGUCAAGGGAAAGUUGCUCAGUUGUUCGAGUAGCCAUUGUGACAUGCUUGAGAGAGCAAAAAGGAGCUUCAAGAGCAGGGACUUCCAGUUGUUCCUACUGCUGUCUCAGUCCAAUCCCGAGCUCUUGGAUCAGCUUGGAAAAGGAAUGAUAGCUAGAGAAAGGAUAGAGUCUCAGCUUAAGAAGGCAGAAAAGCUCAUGGAGAUCAGCGCAGAAGAUAUGGAGCGGCGUAAGGACGAAGUGUGGUCUCACUGGAUAGACAGGUAUUGUGAACGACUCCAUCAAGAAAUAGACAUUGGAGUUGACCUUCAUGUGCUUCAACUGCGACGAGUGCAAGCUAUGAACAGCAGUAAUCCAAGGUUUAUCCUCAGGAAUCAUAUUGCACAAAGGGCAAUUGAAAUGGCUGAGAAUGGGGACUAUUCAGAGGUUGUCAAGGUAUUGAAAAUACUAGAGAAGCCUUUCUCGGACGACCCGCUAGACCUGAAAGCCGCAGGUGCUGCUGUCUGUCCUGCUGUGUUUGACGAAGGAUUUUAUGAAGGCAGAUAUGCGUUGAGUGCACCACCUUUGAGGGUGUCUUGUUCCUCGUAGAGGAAUUUGUAGACAUUGUUACUGUGUGUAAGCAACAUGUAUUGUAAAGCAUUCUCCUUUGGAGAUUCUCUGUUAUUUUUUGUCCAGCACAUAGGUUAGUUGAAUUUGAGCCGCCAUGGGCGAGAUGAGAGUUUCAUUAUGACAUUUAACACUGAAUACAGGUCAACACAGGUGCACAAGUGUGUUGAACCGGCUGUCGAUAAAAAGCUGCAACCAUUCAAAUAAAAUAUGUUUUGUUUACUC